CAUCAUCAUCGUCGUCGACAGUACCAGCUGGGAUGAUGUUUCACACCGAGGGAGCGCAGGGAUUAUUCCACGUCUGAUUGGCGUCUCGGGAAUAUUGUCUAAAAAAACCCAACGUAUUUUCGAGUGGUGCUGAACUAAUUUCGUGCUCUGAAAAGGAGGAGACGUGAUGGAGGAGAUCGACAGAUUCCAAGUGCCCUGCAAUGCCGCGCAGGAGGCGGAGAUGCAGCCGCUGGACCCAGCUUCCUCUACCGCAUCAGAGGCUGAUUCAGACACCAGGGAAGGGGAAGAGGUCACAAUCAACUACAAGCCAUCCCCCUUGCAGAUGAAAAUCGAGAAACAAAGAGAGCUGGCCAGGAAGGGCUCGUUGAAGAACAGCAACACUGUAGGCAGUCCAGUCAAUCAACAGCCCAAGAAGAACAACGUCAUGGCCAGAACACGGUUGGUAGUACCCAAUAAAGGCUAUUCCUCGUUGGACCAGAGUCCGGAUGAGAAGCCCUUGGUUGCGUUGGACACAGACAGUGAUGAUGACUUUGACAUGUCGAGAUACUCGUCGUCAGGAUACUCCUCUGCUGAGCAAAUCAACCAAGAUCUCAACAUCCAGCUUCUGAAGGAUGGUUACCGUUUAGAUGAGAUACCAGACGACGAGGACCUGGAUCUGAUCCCGCCCAAAUCAGUGAACCCCACCUGCAUGUGCUGCCAGGCGACCCCCGCCUCUACCACCUGUCAUAUCCAGUAACCCUGUCGUGACCCCUCCCUUCUCUCUCUCUCUCCACGAUGCAUAACCCCGAUCUUCAUCUGCUGAGUUUGUUCCGCUGUCAAGACUGGUGUCAGCAGUGGGGUCCUGGUAGAGAAUAUAGUACUGAUCAAUACAUAAUGUGAUAAUGGGAAUGACAAAUCUAUUAACUAAUAGGUUUUGCUUCAUACUAUGUUAAGGGAUGUGUGAAAAUAGUUAUUAUAUAUUUGAAUUGUGGUGGUUUCCUCCUAUGGUAGGACAUACACUUCUACUGAAAACUAUGUAAAAAGAAUGAUAUUACUGGCUCGGCUUACCUGAAAUAUGGUUUACAUUUUUAACUGAGUUUUUUUUUGUAAUCUUUAGUUGAACCUAAUUGUUGUGUUUGGAAGAGGCUGAACGCUGCGGUCUUGCGGAUUCUAGCGCUGUCGAUACUGUACCGGUUGUGAUGUAGCAAAGGCCAGGUUGCACUCGUCCUCCAUCCUUUCACUAUAUUUUGUCCUACUGGCUUUGAAAGUUUCAUGGCAACAUGGAUAAAGUGCAAAUAUAGUCACCACCGAUAAGUGGAAAGUGAAGGUACAAAUUAACAUUUGCAAUGGGGCUGCACGAUUAAUCCAAUGGACAUUGAGGUUUUAAUUAGGAAGAACAAAAAUAUGAUUAUAAAGCCAAAUGUCCCGUUUAGUGAUAUUUCAGCUUCAAACCAGAUAGGCAAUACGAGCCCAUCAACACGGACGAACGAGCAAGAAUGCCGUGAUGGCAACAAUAAAAAAAGACAAUCUGACCUGAUUUUUCCAUCUCGGAAAAAAUAAUGCACUUUAAGAUGUUCAAUAUUUAUUUCAGUUACAUUUUUGCUUACAGAAAUGAGUCCAAUUUUUAGUAUUUAUUUAUUUAUUUAGGAUAAAGUUAUUUACCUACAAAUUACAGUACGAUGGUAAACAAUUUUACGGUAACGAGAAAUACAAGUGUAUAUCCUUUUAAAUGAUUACUUGCAUUAUUAUGGUUACAUUACACCACAAACACUGUAUAGUUUUUAUCAGUUAGCAUGAUGUAGACAAAAGCUCUGCAUCAAGCCAAGUAUUUUUGGAAGUAAAUACUGCAUAUUGUUCUCAAAUGUGGCACCUUGAGACAAAAAUAUGUUGACUGACAGUCUAAAAGUAACAUGUCUUCCUUCACUCGUUAUUUUCCCAGUUUCAUGCAUAUAUAUGUAUAAAAUAAAAACAAUUGCAAAUCAAAUCGCAAUUUUAGAGAGACAAAUCCCAAUUAGGGGUUUUCUUGAAAUCGUGCAGCCCUACUUUGCUCAUUUUAUUUCUACCCCUUUCUGGCAUGUUGUAACUCUGUGUUGUAUUAUAUAAUUUUGCACAAUUUGUGUUCACCUUUGUAGGCCUUUUUUCUUGCAUAGCAACAGUACUGUUUCACCAGAAAAACUUUGUUAAAAAAAAAAUAUAUAUAUAUAAUUUAGUCGAUAGAAAUGAGGCCAGAGGACCAUGACAGUGUCUUUUGUUUCAUGUCUGCCUUUAAGUUGGUCAUUUGUACAUUUAUUGUCACCCAUCACCAGUUUAAGACACAAAAAGGAUUUGGCUUCUGUUUUUGCACACACAUAAGCAUGCACAUGAUGGUACGCUGAUGACAUCGGAGCUUCAUUUGCAGCCCUAGCUCCCAAAGUGACAGAUUAGUUACAGUUAGAGUUGCCUUAAGUAGAGACAAGUUAACAUGAUGUGUGAUUUAUUGCCAUGAUCAUGAGAAUAGUGAAGACACUGUAACUUGAAUUUAUUUUUACUAUCGGCCUACCUUGAACUGUGUUUUGUUUUUCUUUUUUGAAUUCAUAAUUUUGUAUUGUAAACACUUCCAUUAAGGUAUUUAACAUUGCUAUUGUUAUGUGUGAUGUAUGAAAACAUUAAAUAAACACACAGCUAAUGGAAAAUCC